AUGGGGCGCUUCGUUCAGUUCCUUUGGUCCUCCUUGGCCUGCGGAGUGGCAUGCGUUGCUUCCGAAGACUGCGCAGGCGCAGAUUGCUCCGACGCUUCCGCGGUACUGCAGCACAAGACUAAGGCCAAGGGCCGAAGCACUCACUCUCACGGUGGGCGCGAGUGUUCCAAGCCUUAUCCCUUCAUCUGGGACAAUGACGCGAACUACGACGACACCUUGGCGCUCUUGUACCUGGCGCACAGUGAGAACCUCGAUUGGAAGGCGAUCACGAUCGAGUCGGAUGGGAUGGGAACCCCACAUGGAGGGCCCACGAACAUUGCAGCCGCGGCAAGCCUGGUUGGCUUGGGUGAUGUUCCCAUUGCCAUGGGGGGCCUCUCGAGCUUGAGUCCGAUUGCCACCAUGCCUUUGCAGUGGCGUCUUGAGACCGAUGAGUUCUUUGAGCGGAUGUUUAGAGGCGGGAUCUUGGAUGAGACCGACAGGGCAAUCGUGGACUUGACUGCGGCACAGCUGAUCGUGAAGAUCUUGAACGAGUCCGCCUGCCCCGUGGUCAUUCUAACCACAGGCCCAGCAACCAAUGUGGCAGAAGCGCUGGACAUGGAUCCAUCCAUUGCAGGGAACAUCCACGGGAUCUACAUGAUGGGUUCUGCCUACGGCGUUCCAGGCACCAACAAUGUCUACGAUUGGCAAAUGACAUACAACGGUGUGAAGGGCUCCUGCACCGAAGACGGGGGCCAGACCUACACGGGCCUGUCGCCUCCGCUUAACAGGAGCGGAGUGGUAAGCGCGAUUCGUCCAGAAUGCCGAGGAGUUGACAUGACUGCACACGGCGACACAGAGUGGAACGUCUUCAUGGACGUACGUGCAUGGCACAUGGUCUACGGCUUUCUGAAAGACUUGCCUGCGGAUCACGUCUAUGUCUUGGCUGCAAAUGCUACGCUGAACAUGCCGGUGACACUCGAAGAAAUGGAGGAGUAUGCAGCAACGCUGGCGGAUCCAGGCCUCAGGAUCUUUGUCACCGAGCUGGCCAAGGCCUUCCUCGCAGCCGGAGAAGCCAAGUGGUGGGAUGCUCAGUGUGCGGUGGUGAUGGACCAAGUCUUGUCAGGGCUGAAGCAAGGUGUGUGCUCCAACUGGUUCGAGGACAAGUUGACCAGUGUAUCCCUCGUAUGGAGAUCCAAUCUUACUGAUGGUGAGCUGAACCCUUAUGGUAGCGUCUAUGACGAUGAGGACGCGCACGCUCCCCCGAUCGACUACUGCUUAGAUGGUAACGUAACCCAGAUGUGGGAGGUCUACUGGCCCAUGGUCAACCAGACCGGCUAG